GGCAAAAGAAGGAGGGAAGGCGCGAGCCGCCCUGCCUGGCUAGUAUUGAGCACGCGCGCCCGCGAGCCCCGGGGAGAGCGAAGGCGCGCACGGAGCCAGCAAGGGGAGCGCCCGAGUGCAGAGCAAAGCGCAACUGCAGGGGGAGGCGUCCAGGCUCUUGCACUUCUGAUGUAAGGAACUAUAAAUGUUUCAAUGAACUACCACAAAAAUCCUCCCCAAAAUACCUUAUCAGAGUGAAGAGAAACUUGUGCAUGUGAGGAAGAGAAAGAAGCUUGUUAAUAUCUUAACUUUGGCUAAACUCACCAAAUCCCAAGAUGUCAGAUGGAAAAAGCCACUCACCAGUAGCAAAUAGUAACCUUUCUUCAGCAUGCGUAUGAGGAAUCAACUUCUUUCGUAUGGCUUAGAGUCUGGAUUAUCAACUUUAAAGACUUGAUGUCUUUCUAAAAUGUAUGCUGAAGUUCAACCCCAUAAAUUCUGCUAGUUGUGGUAAUUAGUGGGUGAAGUUCUAUGGUCUGCUGUACACAAGAGAAUACAUAAGGGGUUCAAGUUGUAGAACAUUUGUGGAUCUACGUGAAGAGCGUGUAAGAAAGAAGAACUGAGUGUCUUAUAACAAAACUGAACUGUUCUGGGGCCAAGCUUUGAAUUCGCCAAUACUCAGAAGAAUCUACGUUUUCUAGAAUUUUAAGUGAAAAUAAGAUGACAAAAGUUUUUUAAAUUAAAACUCAGAAUGAAUGUUGAAAAAUCAGAAAAUAAGGCAAAGAAUGGCUUGCAGUCUCCCUUAUUUAUCAGCGAUGAAAAUGGAAAUAAAUUUACAUGUAACACAACUACACCACUCUCAAUUACUCAUACCACAAAUAUAAAUGGAAAUUCAGCUAGCCAAUGUAAUAAAAUGGCUGAGCAUGAAGAUAACAUGGAUUUUAAGGAUGUAAAUGAUUUCACAACUAUUUCUUUAAACCAGGAAUGUAUUGGAGCACUUGAUCUACAAAAGACUGGGGGUGAAUUUAUCUGUAGGGGGGCUUCAUUGAGUGAUAUUGAUGCCACGUGUGUGUCUUCGGCAACUGAACACACUUGUAUUUAUGUCUUGAAGCAUAACAUAAAGGAACCAACCAGCCUCCUAAAAGAGAACCUUGCUCUAAAAGGAGUGCAGAAUCAAAGUACUGAUCAACCAGUGCCUUAUAGACAGAUUGACUGUAACUGUACAAUGCACCUUACCCCUUUGGAAUGGAGCAAAAACUCUGACAUCGAAAACGAAGUAGGUUUUGCUCAUGUGGCAUUAGAGGUCACUGGUGUCAAUGAAUCUCUUCAUAUGGUUAAAAACUUGGGGAAAACUAUGGGAAGUGAAAAUGAAGAUGCAUUUCUCCCUCUGACAUUCAUCUCUUCUGAUGAAAUGCAUAUGAGAAAAAGUUUUGAGACAAGUAGCCCUGAAAAACCUCCUAGUUCAUCUGUGCUGGAAGCUUCAGGGGGCCCAAACGCAUCAAAUAAUUGUUCAGAUUUGGUAGUACCACCUCUCCCUUCUCCAGAUGUUGGAGGGGUUAGUGAACAGUCUUUAAAAGGCACCAAUUAUGUUGAUGUAGCACCACAAAAUAGAGAGUCCCAAGAAAUGGAAAAUCAGUCCUUAAAACUAGUUGCUGAAUGGUUAGAUUGUCACUCUAAGAAUUCGGUGUCACUAGAGCAAUUUAAUAUGGAUAAAGAUUCAAAAAAGUAUUUGCAUAGCACACCUGAACAUGCCGAAACUGACAUAUCUCCAACCAAGAUGGUAAUUAAUUGCUCUGUAAAUGAUUUAUAUGCUCUGCCAAUACAGAGUUUUGAUGCAAGUAUAGACCAAGAACAGGUGGUAAACAAAGUGAGUGAACAUUUAGCCAAAGAACAAAAUGUCUCAGCUAAAAACACUGCUUUCCAAGAUGUACCUAGCUAUUUUGCAGUGUCUGAAUCAAUACAAAGCAGUAUACCAAAACCAGAAGGGGCUGCUACAGCUGAGCUGAAAUGUGAGGCAACUUUUGUGGUCUUCAGUCCAACAGCUGGUGAAACCAGUCCUGAUUCAUGUAUUUCUACGUCUAUGACAGGAUCAAAAAAACCAAAAUUUUCUGUUUCAGCUUUGGCAGAAGCUGGAGAUGGACCUUCUAAAUUGGGAAAGAAUGAUGCAUUAAUGAGAGGAUGCAACAGAAAGAUUUCACUUAAAACUAGUUCUGAACAAAUUGCAGUGAAACCAAAAAAUCGGUCUCCUAUUGUUUCAACAAUAACCAAAGCUAGAAAAGCUGAGAUUGUUAGCUUUCCAAAACCAAACUUUAAAAAUGUGAAGCCAAAAGUUAUAUCAAGAGCUGUGUUACAGUCAAAAGAUAAUGCUUCAUUAAAAAUAUCUCCGAGAUCCCCUCAACUCUCUACUGCCUCAUCGUCAUCACCAGUUUCUUCUCCAAGGCAAUUGCCCUCUUCCAUCAAAGCAUUGAGGGAAAAACGUGAUUUAAACAGCGAUACUAAAGCAGAAAUACCAAUGACUAAGCCUCAUAAGCAACCUCUUAACAAACAGCUCUUUCCUAGCCAAGUUUUACAUGCUACAACUCAUUCAAAGAACACUUCUCUCAAAAUUCCAAAAACACUUUCUAUAAAGCAGACUCCAGAAGACAUUGACAAAGCAAGCUCCUCCAAUUCAGCAUCCUCCUUUGUUUCUGCUGCAGUUGUAACAUGUGUACAGAACUCAAAAGGGAAGUUAAAUGAAAAAAUGGAAAGCAAAAAGUCCUUGGCGCAGCCAUGUGUCACAAGCACCUACUGGAGUGGAGCUGAAAAUGAGCAAAAUUGCAAUUUUGGAACUCUUUUGGAAACGGAAGAGCUAAUAAAAGAUCCAGCAAAUGAAACUUUUGAAGUUGACCCUGUUCCCUUGGUUUCUUCAGCUAAAACUGGGGCAGCACAAAGAAAAAAUAUGCACAAGGAAGGCCCUAUCACUCUAAGAAGUAUACCUGCUCCCAAGGUGAAAGUGGUGCCUUCUGUGUUUCGCUCUAGGCGAGGAAGUGAAAAUAAAAAUGUGUGCACAACUAAAAUGUCAUCUCCUCAAAGAGCUGUUCUGCCAUCGAGUUCUGGAGUGGAAACUUCUUCCAGAGGGAAGCCUGCCUCUAUGAAAACAUCUCUAGCAUCUUGGGCCAGUUCUGGCAAAUCACUAACUAAAUCAAAAGUGCCCAUUCGGAGAACUGCUAGCAUCUCUUCAAUCAGUAGUACUCAGAGUGAGCAAAGUACUUGCAGUAAUAAUUCUACAAGUGCCACAAUCAUCAUCAAGAAUGGAGAAUGGCCUUCAAAAGCUACGUGUCAAAAUGGCAUUUCUGGAUCUAUCUCUUUGAAGCCAGUGCCCAGACCUAGAGUGUACUCCUUAAAAUCCACUCCAAAAGGAACAAAGAACAAGUCUGGUUCACUGAAUCAAUGUAUACCAAAAUCAGCUGGACCAUUUCUUCCAGCAAGGAAAACCAGUGAGCCAAGAGGCAACCAGAUAUUGGUUGAGAGAGGCAAGCAGAGGACUCCUAAAAGUUCAUGCAUACACACACAAACCUCUCCAGCUGUGCAUUCAACUGAAACAAAAACACGUGAAUUGGCACAAUACAAAGCAAAAUGUGAGAACCAAAGUGAAAUUAUCCUGCAUUUGAAGAAAUUCUUGGCAAGCAGUAAUCAGAAGUUUGAAGCAUUAACAGUUGUGAUCCAGCACCUACAGUCUGAGAGGGAGGAAGCACUAAAACAGCAUAAAGAGCUAUCUCAAGAAUUCCUCAACCUUAGAGGAGAGCUGGUAACCACUUCUGCAGCCUGUGAGAAAUUGGAGAGAGACAGGAAUGAAUUACAAGCUGCUUAUGAAGGGUUCGUGCAGAAGCUAAAUCAGCAACACCAAAAUGAUCUGACAGAGCUGGAGGAAAGACUUAAACAAUUUUACACUGGAGAGUAUGAGAAACUACAGAGUAUCUGUAUUGAAGAAGCUGAAAAAUAUAAAGCGCAACUUCAAGAGCAGGUGGACAACUUAAAUAUUACGCACGAAAACUUCAAGUUAGAACUCGAAAACAGCCAUGCAGAAAAAAUAGAAGAGCUGCAAAAGGAAUAUGAAUCAUCUCUUUUAGAGCUCAAGAAUGCCCAUGAAUUGGAAAGGAAUUCAUUUGAAAACUCAUUUAAAGAGAAACAGGAAUCAUUAGAGAAAAGAAUUGAUGAAUUAAAAAGGGAAAAUGAUUCUUUAAAUGAAAAGUUGGAAGAGCAAAAACAAAUAGCCAAAGAAAAAGCAAAUCUUAAAAACCCUCAGAUGAUGUAUCUGGAACAGGAACUGGAAAGUUUGAAAGCAGUGGUGGAGAUCAAGAAUGAGAAACUACGUCAGCAAGAUAUAAAGCUGAUGAAGACAGAAAAACUGGUGGAAAAGAACACAGUCUUAAUGGAUAAAAUGAAGAAGUUUCAGCAGGAAAAUGAAGAACUAAAAGCUCGGAUGGACAAACACAUGCAACUUUCAAGGCAACUUUCCACAGAGCAGGCAGUUUUACAGGAGUCUCUAGAGAAAGAAUCAAAAGUAAAUAAACGUUUAUCAAUGGAAAACGAAGAACUUCUAUGGAAACUACACAAUGGGGACCUGUGCAGCCCUAAGAAAGUGUCGCCUAGUUCUCCACCAAUGCCUUCUCAGUCACCAAGGAAUUCCGGCUCCUUCUCUGCUCCUACAGUAGCACCAAGAUGACAUCUUUUAUAAUGAGGGGGAGACCCCAUAAAAGCAUUUCACUUGUGAUCUGCAGAACUGAUCCUAACUCCAAUCAUGGGAGCAAGAGCUAUAUUAGCUGAGUGUGAUGACUGAAAUAUAACUGGAAUUAUUGGUGUGGAAAAUUGUUCUAAGAUACUGAAAAUAUGGGAGUAAGACUUUCUAUUUCUCCUCCAAAAAAGACUUCAGUAAUGACUAUAGACAUUGUUGCACAAAGCACUUACAGAGCAAGGGAAGUCUUGUUCAUUGCCUUUUUCACCUAACUCUAAGAAAAAAGCUCAGGGGCUACAGAUAUAGACCACAACCUCUAUAAUGUGUUCCUUAUCACAGACACCUUUUUGAGACUGUGGAUGUGUAUGAAGUGGAUGUAACACACUGUGUGUGUGUGUGUGUGAGUGUGUGAUGCUGCCUUCUUUGCCGUGUGUGUAAUAAAGGACAAAAGCUAAAGAAUAUACAUUGACAUGUACUUCAUUAAUAAUGUUGUCAAUAUGCAUGUUUUAUCCAAGGUUACCCUUAACUGCGGGUGAGGAGAAACUGCCAUUUGUAUUAUAGGCUAGUUUCCACCUCAUCUUUCUGCUUCUGUUUAAGAGGAUGGCAGGAAAUGUUUUAUCUGUUGACUUGACUUGUCAGUGUCUCUACCUACCUUUAUAGUGCAAUUGAGUGAUUUUUUUUCUAAAAAUUGUCUGAUCGUCAGAGUUGAAACUGCAGCCAUACUGUCUAUGAAUUUUUAGCUUUUCCAUUCAUAUGCAGCACUGGUAGCCAUAUCACAGUCUAAUAAGAUGGUAGCAUUGCAUUUUUUCAGGAUACAGUCAAGUUUAGAACACUUUUUGCUAAGAUGGAAGUGGAGAAGCAAGAUGAUGAUUCUGGAACAUUGAAAUUGACACUCUCUGCAACUCCCUUACUUCUACUGUAGUCAGAGGUCAAAACAUUAAAAUGACUAGAUUUAGCAUAAACCCCCAUACUGCAGACAUGCAACCGGACCCAAUCCCCUUGUCUACUGAAAACAAACUCCCAGACAAGCAGCCAUUACUUCCUAAGAAAAGCCUGGUCAUUGCGAAGGCCACCAUCUAGAGGGUCCUGAUCUAAUCGAAGAUACAGGAUUUAAAAGCCAAAAAGGGAGAAAUAAGUAGGAUGACAAAACAUUAUUUGAAAGGGGAAUGAGAAAUGCAGCAAGAUUCAUAAGAGUCUUAAAAGCAAGCAAUACAGUUUCUCUGAUUUUGACAAAGUUUUGAUUUUUAAAAUGUUGUGCCCUUAUUUUAACUUUCAGCAGUGUUGCCAAGAUAACUGUAUGGAGGGGUGGGGAGAAGAACAAGUGGUUCGUCUCCCCAAAGUUUCCAAAUUUCACUUGGCGGAAGUUUCCCCUUGAGUUAGCAACACAAACAUGUUUGUUCUGAAGAUGGAUGUAACAUUUUACACUAUGUUUCGAAUUAAGGUAGUCACAGUGUGUGUCUGGUCUUGUUAUUGUUUUGGUCCACACUUCUUUUAAAGAUCCCAUGCAUCCUGUUCUGUGAGUACAGUUUCAAUUUCUAGUUAUGGUUACAGAAUGUCUGUGCUUCUAAUUAGGGGUUGUUUUUAAACCAGGAAUAUUCUACUGUUACCUUGUCAACAGUGUUAGCAAUAUGGUAAAUCUUGUGCUUCAGUGUAUUUUUCCAGCAGACUGGGAAAGGGAGUCCAGUGGAUGGGAGGGGCAGAGAGGAGGAGGAGUAGGGAAACUAAAUUUGAAAAACACUUCAAACCAAACAUUUCAUCUAGGAUAUGAAAAUGCUGGCACUUCAGAAAGUGCCUGGGUGUACAAACAAAGUUGUAGCAGUGCUCAUUCUGUAACUAUGAAAUUGUAAUAUAUUCAAACUUGUAAUUAAAUUUCAUCUACACAAUGUACAAGUGAAGUCUGACUCCUCUAUGGAACAUUUUGCUUAAUUUGCCUCUUUUUAUCCCAUUUAAGGCGCUGUACAUGCCACUGUAGUUCAAGUGGUGUCAGCACUUAUACUGUUUUCCACGGAUUUAUAAUUUAACUGUAAAAAUCUGUUGUGGGCUGAAACUUGGCUUAAACGUAUUUCUUAGAGCAUUCUUUGCUUCGAUAAGGUUAAGGAAAUUGGAUCAUGCGUAUUUGAGAUGAGUGUUUAAAAAUAAAUUUUUUUUUACUGGUUUGAC